AUGGCUAUAAAUUUGAAUGGUAUGCAUUAUGUAGGGAAUGAUGGUACAUAUCGUGCUGCAGAGCCUGCCCCUAAGGGUGUUCAAACCGUAAAAGUCCAGCCUAUUGCAGUUCCAGCCAUUAUUGUAGAAGAAAUAAAGGAAGUUACUAGAAAUUUUGGUGAUGAGGCGUUAAUUGGGGAGGGUUCAUUUGGCAGAGUGUAUUUUGGUGUGCUUAAAAACGGGAGAAGUGCAGCCAUAAAAAAAUUAGAUGCAAGCAAGCAGCCAGACCAAGAAUUUUUGGCACAGGUUUCCAUGGUAUCAAGGCUAAAACAUGAAAAUGUUGUGGAGCUGAUCGGUUAUUGUGUUGAUGGGAAUCUCCGUGUUCUUGCCUAUUGA